CCGUCAACAAACUCAACAUUUUUCCUGGUGAUCUCAAUGUAGGCUUCUGAUCCUUCACCUGCUUUGGAGAAAAUGCCACCUUUGUCAGAAUCCAAAGUGUUUCGCAAGUGUGUCUGGACACAUGAAUUUGGGCCGCAGUUACAAGUGGAUUUAUGUAAAGAUUUACACUCUGGGACGGACUAUAAAGAGCCUGAGAUUCUCUCCCUAGAGCCCAACAAAGUUUCUUUCCGUGGCAGAAACAGAGUUUUACUAAGAGGGACGAACCUUGAAUCUGUCACCAAAAUCCACAUUCGAGGGGAUCUGGACUGCAUUCCAAAAGAUUUAUCUAUUACGUUUGGGAAUUCCACUGUUGAUUGUGUUGAUCAUUUCUCCUACCUGCCUGAUCCGGAGUUCACUGGAUUCACUACCUCUCAGGAGUCUGACAGUCUUCUGGUGUAUAUUCAGAAAAAGGCAGAUAAGUUGAAUUUGAGUAAAAGUGAGAUGAAUGUAACAGGUCUGCAGGGAGAUCAGGAACAUGAGUGUGUUUUGGAAUGGAUUUCAUCCCAUGUGAUUUUCUGUGAGAUUAAACAACUUUCAGGAGCCAUCAUCACACUGGACUCACUCACUAUCAGGGUGGGGAAUUCUUUUGUUAUCAGGAUGGGACAAAGUAGUGCAAAGUAUUUGUUCUGCCUCAGUCCUCAGAAGCCAUCUGAAAAUGUAUGAAGGAGCAAUGGGAACAUAAGUUGUUUUCAGUUUCUGACUGCAAAAGUGUGCGGUAACCUUGAACAUCAUGGGUUGCUAGAGAGUUCUGUUCUUUUUAUAUCUAUGUAUGUUUAAGGAAUUAUGAAGGGGAGAAUCUUAUUUUUGAAUAUAUUCUUUAAUAUUUUUCUUUUUGUACUUUUCAAAUUAUUUUUUAGAGUUUUAAUUACUGUAAAACUAUUUUCAAUGUGUUUUUCCUAUUUAAUGGUCACAUUGUGUAUAUGUAAAAUUAUGCCAUUCUGCUGUUGCCCUGUUUGCACCUAUAAUAAGAUUGCAUGAGCUCUAGAGUAAACAUUACUCUGUAGAAAUCUGAUCUUUUAUCCUACUUACUGGUCAGACCUCUACUGUGGCAUCUAAACAGCAGGUGGCGCUAUAA